GGCAGUGCUGCAGUUUCCGAUCGGGCACGCGAUUAUUUUCCAUAAAUAUCAGAAUAUGUCAUUUUUAUGCCAGCUAUUUAACUAGAUGGAAGCAACGCGGAAAAGGUGGAUGUAUUGUCUGUUCCGCGAAACGAUGUGUGUCACCUUGAAUUCCGCCUGCUCUGAAUGACUGAACCUCGCGACAACGGGAGCAAGUGAUCCUCCAUCCUCACACUGUAAACAUCUGUAGAGUAAUCUGGGCUGGAUUUGACCUGGAAUCUAUAAUCUAUGCCAGGACAUCACCCAGACAGACCGACUGUCUCUCUUUAACGCGGAGUUUUGCGAUGGGAGUCGUACUGCGGAACCUCCAGAAGGUGGUGCCGCUGCGUCGCGCCAGGCUGCGAAAAGACAUCGACACGCUGCGACACAUCCUGGGAGUCCAGAAGUUCGACCUGGGCAUCAUCUGCGUGGACAACCGCAAGAUCCAGCAAAUCAACAACACCUACCGGAAGAAAAAUAUACCCACGGAUGUCCUGUCGUUUCCAUUCUACGAGGACCUGAGGCCUGGGAAGCUUCCUUGUCCACUCCACAGAGACGAGCUGAACCUCGGGGACAUCUUCCUCGGCGUGGAGUUUGUGAUGAAGCAGUGUCAGGAGCAAAACCUGGACCUGCACGGUGCUCUCACUGUUGUCACUGCACACGGUAUCUGCCACCUGCUGGGAUACAGGCAUGAGACAGAGGAAGAGUGGGCCGAGAUGCUGCAGAGGGAGAACUACAUCCUGAGCGAGUACAACAGACUGACGGGCCGCCAGCUGGAGCCCCUGAUGAAGAAGUGCAGUCAGGACAGGUGACGCUGGCUGAUCCAGAACCGCUAGAACCUGCACGAGCACCCCGAAGCCGCCGGGCCCGCCGCCGCGGUUCGCCAACGGAGCCCACCGGCUCCUCGAGUCAGCACUACGAGGGACGCUAAUCAGCCGUGGAGACGACGAUUCCCAGUGUGUGUGUGUGUGUG